CCGCUCCCGGAGUGCGUGAGGGGCGCGGAGCCGGGGACCCGGAGGCGUGCAGCCCGGGGUCCGCGGGCGCAUCGCCGCCGUCUCCGCCGUUCGCCUUCGCGCCCCGCGCCGCCCGCCUGCCGCGGGCUCCUCCGCCCUCGCCUCGGCCUCGCCAGCCCGUCGGCCCCGGCGCGCAGCCAGCGAGCGGCUCCUUGGCGCGCCCGCCGGGAACCCGCGCCCCGUGCGCUCCCCGGGAGCCCCAGGGGCGCCCCCCAGCCGCGGGCCAUGGUGCCCCCGCAGGAGGAGCCCGCCGCUGCGCGGGGGCCUGGCGAAGCGCAGCCGCCCGACUCCGCACCCCCGGGGGCCGCCCCGCUCUCGGACUCGGGACCCUCGGAUCGCCCCGAGGGAGCCGCCGACAAGGUGGAGGGAGAGCCGGCGGGGCCGUCGCGGGAGCAGCCGCAUGCGCCCCCCGAGGGCGGCUGGGGCUGGGUAGUGAUGCUGGCGGCCAUGUGGUGCAACGGGUCGGUCUUCGGCAUCCAGAACGCCUGCGGGGUGCUCUUCGUGUCCAUGCUGAAGACCUUCGAGUCCAAGGACGAUGACAAGGUGGUCUUCAAGACAGCCUGGGUGAGCUCGCUCUCCAUGGGGAUGAUUUUCUUCUGCUGCCCAAUUGUCAGUGUCUUCACAGACAUAUUCGGCUGCCGGAAAACAGCUGUUGUGGGGGCUGCUAUUGGCUUCAUUGGACUCUUGUCCAGUUCUUUUGUAAGCUCCAUCGAUCCGCUGUACCUUACCUACGGAAUCAUCUUUGCCUGUGGCUGCUCAUUUGCAUACCAGCCUUCCCUGGUCAUCCUGGGAGUGUAUUUCAAGAAGCGCCUCGGACUGGUGAACGGCAUUGUCACUGCAGGCAGCAGUGUCUUCACGGUGCUGCUGCCUUUCCUUCUGAAGGUGCUGACAGAGAAUGUGGGCUUCUUCUACACGCUGAGGGUCCUGUGCAUCUUCAUGUUUGUUCUCUUCCUGGCCGGCUUUUCCUAUCGACCCCUCACUUCCACUGCCAAAGAGAAAGAGAGAGGAACUAAAGGAGGUGACCGAUUCUCCCUCUUGUCUAGAAGAAAGUUCAAUCUUCCCCAGAAAAUCUUCAAUUUUGCCAUCUUCAGAGUGACCGCUUAUGCAGUGUGGGCAGUUGGGAUACCAGUUGCUCUGUUUGGAUACUUUGUGCCUUAUGUUCACUUGAUGAAAUACGUGAAGGAAAAAUUUCAAAAUGAAACAAACAAAGAGGUGCUUCUCAUGUGCAUUGGCAUCACUUCAGGAGUCGGACGACUGUUCUUUGGCCGGAUUGCAGAUUACGUGCCUGGAGUGAAGAAGGUUUAUCUGCAGGUGCUCUCCUUCCUCUUCAUCGGCCUGAUGUCCAUGAUGAUUCCUCUGUGCCGUGUGUUUGGGGCGCUCAUUGCUGUGUGUCUCGUCAUGGGUCUCUUCGAUGGAUGCUUCAUCUCCAUUAUGGCGCCCAUAGCUUUUGAGUUAGUUGGUGCCCAGGACGUCUCCCAAGCGAUUGGAUUUCUGCUCGGACUCAUGUCCGUUCCCAUGACUGUGGGCCCACCCGUUGCUGGGCUACUUCGAGACCAGCUUGGCUCUUAUGAUGUGGCCUUCUACCUUGCUGGAAUCCCUCCCCUUAUCGGAGGUGCUAUCCUUUGUUUCAUUCCGUGGAUCCAUAGUAAAAAACAAAGAGAAAUCAGCAAGACUGCUGGAGAAGAAAAGAUGGAGAAAAUGUUGGAGAACCAGAACUCUCUGCUGUCGAACUCAUCUGGAACCUAUAAGAAAGAAUCUGACUCUGUUAUUUAAUAUCUUAUAUACCUCCUCCACCAGACUGAACUUGGCUUUCAGAAGCCUAAGCAAGUUUUCCUUUUAUAUAUGAAUUUCAAAUUUCUUAUUUUUUUAGAUCACAUACUAGGCAUAGCACAGUAAUUGGGAAGUGGAAAUCUUAUUACUACAAGGAACCAUUUUCUGCCACUGAGUAGUCUGAAGUUUCUGUGAGUUCUGAUGGCGGAGCUGCUGGUACAUGAAGACGUGUCUGAAAGUCAAAUAUUGUGAGAAUUUGACACUUUCUCAGUAAAAAAGCAACUUUGGAAGCUGUGAAUAUUCUUUAGCUUGUACAAAUAUUUUAAAAUACCUCAAGCUAUACUGAAAGGGUUGUGGUUUGGUUAGGACUAGAAAUGUUGUUUGUAGUGUCACAAGGUUGUUUUUAGUUCUACCAUCUCUGUUUUGAUUUUUUUCUGCAGUAUGAAACUUUUUUUUUAAUGAAAUAUAAGACUGGCAAGGGGCAGGUGUUGGAGUGCUUGGUUUAGUGCAUAUACUACCAUGCACAAGGACCUGGGUUCAAGCCCCCAGUCCCCACCAACAAGAGGGAAACUUCACAAGUGGUGAAGCAAUGCUGCAGGUGUCUCUCUGUCUCCCCCUCCCUCUCAAUUUCUCUCUGUUCUAUCAAGUAAAAUAAAUAAAGUUAAAAAUUAAAUAACAUUAAAUUAAGCCUGGAUUUCAGAUAACAUUGGAUCUACUAAAACCUUGAGUCUGUUAAAAUUGGUUUGCCUACUAUUAUAUAAGUCAUGAGAUUAAGUGCCUGUGACGUGUUCCAGUGGCAGGGGAUCUUCUUGGGGAAGAUGCUAGGAGCGUAUUCAGAAUCAGUAUAGGAGGUGAAAAGAAUGUUGCUCAGACAGACAGAGCAGCUCAGAUGGACAGAGCAGCUCAUAAAUCAGGCAUUUCUUCCAUUAACAUGUAUUCCCUUUGGGUUUGCAGUGUGCUUUAUUCAAGUAGUCAGAAACACCCCAAUUGAAUUGUGUGUGUGUGUGUGUGUGAGAGAGAGAGAGAGAGAGAGAGAGAGAGAGAGAGGCUUCUGGAUUUGUUAGCCAUAGGACCUGGUAUUGAGCAUGUUAUCAAGGUGCAGUUAUAGGUACAUAAAUGGGGAUUUUUGUAUACAUUAAAAAAAAUAAUCCCUUUUGAUUGUAACAGCAGAUCAAACUACGUAAUGAAACUUAUAGGUAUUGAACAUUUUAAAAUACUUUUAAAGAGAAACAACUCCUACAGUCCUAACACUUUCUGGCAACACUUUGUAUUCUUAUCGACGUGUCCUAACGUGCUCCACAUUGGCAUCCCCAUACUUUCUCCCCUCUCUAUAAAGAAGGCCGUGAGAACAUUUUAGAGUAGGCUGGGAGGCAAAUAAAGUGUUAGAUUCUCAAACCUAAGGUACCAAGUUCGAUCCCCACCAUUGCGUGUGCCAAAGUGACGCUGUAGUUUUCUCCCCUGCCUCUUUCCCAUUCAUAUAUAUAAACUUCCUAAAAUAAAUAAAUAAAUCCAUUAGAUUUUGAAGGGUCUCAAAUUAAAAAUCAAAACUAUGCUAUGACCCAUACUCAUCUAGGGAAAAAAAAUGGAAAAAUUUCUAUAUUCUUGAAAUUCUACUUGAGUGUGGUUUUGUUUCUUAUGUAGGUCUUUAAAAAUCAUCACUAUAUACAAAUAAAUCCUAAAUAUAGAUGUUUAUUAACUUUUCCUCAAACAUAGCUUGCUCACCCGGGAAGAACGAAUGCUAGCUUUCUCUAAAGCACCUCCAGGGUCUGUCUGUUUCUAGAUUUCCUGCAAGGAGAGAGGAUACUGGCCCUGCUCUUCUCAGCGUCUGUUGUUUUUCAGAGGCAAGACGCUUCCAGCGUUUGUCUCUAACUAAAGCUGGAGAUACCUGGGAAGCUUAUAGGUGUGUGGUCAUUGGUGAUAAAUUGGGGCACAUUGGACAGAGGAGAGUAAAGUUAUUAAAUGGAAGAUUUAUUUUUAGUAGGAUUUUAACUAAUUUGGAAUUACUCAGUAAUGUAAUUCAGUGGUCUACUAUUCCACACCAUCUCAACCUAGUACUUUGAAUACCUAGGUAAUGUAUCAUGAGAAGGUUCUAUUGUAUAGAACAUCUACCUUUCAAUGAUGCAUGACCCUUUCCUACUCUUAUUUUAAGCCUCUGGAAACGGGCUUUGAAAUGAUAAUGUAGCAAUUAUGUUCAUUUAUUCAUUCCUAAAUAUAUAAAAUCAUCUCAUUCUCAGUGCUUCUGAGAUCAGCAGAGAUAUGCCACACUGACAUCAGUCAUCAAAUUCGCCAUUAAAAUUUUAACUAUCAUAGUUUUAAUGUAGACAAGACUGUAGUUUUAUACAAAGGGCAAUUCCAGAAUUAAAAAACAAAAUGUAUUAUGUAGAGACUUUUAAAUGUGUGCCUUUGAGUGGUUGAAGCCGCUUAUUUGCGCUGUGCUUAUGAUCCUGCCCCCACCUCCAUACUGAAGGAGACUUUAGUGCCGUAGUUGCUCACAUUCAGUCUCUCUACAUCUCUCCCCCUCUUCUCUCUCUCUCUCUCUCUAGAUA